GAUGAAAAUUUAUGUGGGAGGAACAAAGAAGGAAAUUCUGAUUCAUCAUCGAUUUUUCCUCAAGAAAGAAAGAUUAUUCUAUCCCGUUCAAAAUAGAAUAUCAAUUGUUUCUGUUUACUUUGUGUCUGUCUGAAAAGUUUGAAGUGUAGAAAAAAAGCUCGAAAGCUUCUUUAUUAUUACUAAGAGUAGAUUAACUUACAAAAUAUCAGAAUUGUAUUGAUUUUUGCUCCCAACUUUUUUUUGACUAAAUACUAAGAAAAGAAAAAAAUGAAGUUUUCACAAAAUUGGAAUUUAUGCCAAGGAUUUGCUAUUCGAAUUGUUGUAAUAGGUCUACUCAUUCAAACGAUAACAGCUCUUCAACUGGAAGGUUUGGUCACAAAGAAACCUCGAGUGUCAAAAUACACAAUGAAACCUCAAGCCCCAACAUCUCCACCGUCAAGUACUUCAACUUAUCGUGUCAAUACAACAAACGGAAACACUUGCAUCCUUAUUAGAACUGAUGGUCUUCUUAGUAUUCAAUAUCGUGAUAAGUUGAAUGAAGAUAGAGAAGCUGAUGUUUAUUUACCCGACAACCCCGGACUUAAAGGAAUUUGUGAUAACUCCGAUGAAUCAUCAGUAACACUUUCAUUUCGAGGAUUCAUUCUUUCAAUGUAUUUCUCAAAAACUCCAGGUGGUGAAAGAUGGUACGUGAACACAAUUGAGUUGUCGUAUUCAUCAUCAAAUCCUAUAUUUGAACAUAUUGAUCGACCUAAUCUCAAUGUGAAGUUAUCAACACCACCACACACAUUCCUUUUCCCAACGCCCAUCGGAAAGUCAUUUGAAUGCAUGCAAGAGAAGACCAUCGUAAUGUUUUCUCAGGAUGAAAGUGAUAGAUCGGGACAUUUAGCGAAACUCUUUCUUCGUGAUACUCGCUUGCAAGGAUUUAUGUACAAAGUUGGUGGUCAAUGGGGUUCACCCUUUCAAUGUACUGCAACUGGAACAUACCGUGAUGAAUCAGCUCCAUUUUACUUGGGAACAAUUCUGGGAAUUGCUUGCAUUGCAACAGUUGCUGGUUAUGGCGUGUGGCGUUAUUUGAAAGUCAAAAAAUUCCAAUAUGGAAACAUGUAAGAUCAUAACUCAAAAGUUUUCCUUAAAUUCAUCAACUAAUUAUACAAAAGAAAAAAGAAAAAAGUUUUUAGCAAAAAUUUGCCAAAUUUUCCUAUCGUAAUCUGUCAGCAACUUUACGUCUUCUCUUCUUCUCAAUUAUGUUUUGUUGCGAUUGUUGUGCUAUUGCAGAUUUAAGAAAAGAGAUCACAAAACUUUAUACAUAAUUAAGUAUAUCUAUCGAUGAUAAAAGUUUACUUACAUAAAUCAAUUAAUGAACUCAAGCAUACAUAUCUUGAUGAAAAGAUGAAAAGGGCAAUUUAACAGUGCGAAAAAAAUGUUUCACAUGGUCAUCAAAUUAAGAUGAGUUGCUGCUGCGUUGAGUAUGUCAAGUGUUGAUGAUGUAAUCGAAUGAUAAAUUUAUUUAGAGUGUUAGUUAAUAUCAAACAAGAUGAUAUGAAAAAAGUCUUCCAUUUUAAUGCUAAUGAAAAGAUAAAAAAAAGAGUUAAUACAAUGAUAAUGAAACGUAUUUAAAUUAAAAAGAAAACUAUGCAAUUAUUGAUAACAUAAAAAUAUAUUUACCAAAGAGAAAUAUUAAGAUUUGAAUGAUUAUUUACUCUUAAUACUUAUGUCUGUUAAGCUCUCAAAAGUUCGAUCUAGUUGUACUCUUCAUAAUUUUAUUUCGAAGCACAUGAAUUUUAUGAAACGCAAAGAUGAUAUUAGAAAUUAAUAGCACGUGGUUUUGAAAAUAUGUAUUAAAAUAAAAAGAACUUCUUUCCAAGAGGUUGUGUUACUGUUAUGAUUUGAUUGUGCUAGUCAUUAGAUGGAGAGAAACAUUAUAAUGAACAAGACAAAAUAAAAAGCAUUUAUCAAAGCAGAAAGAUGAUUUCAUGAACAAAAAAACUUCUUAAAACAUAAAACAUUUAAAAAAUAAAGCAAGGAUAUGUGUUAAGAACAAAACGAGAUGACUUUCAAUCUAUAAUUAAAAACUUUUUAAGUACCUAGAUAUUUCAGGAAC